UGCAUACUCAAAAUAACGAAUUACUUCACAGGUUAGAAAAAUGCGUUACCCACCAAGCAAAACUGCGCGUAUAAUCCUUGUUGCCAUGGUCCUGGCCUUAAACUUCAUACAACUUCCAGGACUUCCGACCUAUUCCAACCCUAUCGAUUCAGUUUCUGAUUUUCCAGGAAGACACUUGGCUGAAACAGAAGGAAUUAACCAAUCUGAUGAUACCGUGAGAGUCGACCCUUUGGACAGUUUCAAGAAGUACAGAGGAGGAUAUGACAUAAGGAACAAGCAUUACUGGAGUUCUACUGCCUUUACAGGCAUAUAUGGAUAUGCCAUUGCAGCAGUAUGGCUUUUAUGUGGUAUUGGUUAUGGAGGAUUUCUUCUUGUAACCAGAACUUUUAUGAAGAACAGAAAGCUAAAGAAGAGAUUGCCUUGUCAUAAGCAGUGUUAUCUACAUCCUCUGCUAUUGGCUACUUUCUUUACCAUCUUAGCAAUAACUGCAACUGGCCUGGUUCUUGGAGGGAAUGCAAAGUUCCAUUCCAGAGCAAAGACUGUGAUAGACAUUAUUAUUGAUACAGCAGAUGAUGCAACAGAUACCAUACAUGAGGCGACAGGAGCAAUGAGGAACAUGAGUACCAAUUUGAGAGAAGCCAAUGGAAGUUCUGAAACUACAAACUUCCUAACUUCUACAUCCCGUAGACUCAACACUGAGGCUGCAGAUAUAGAAAGACAAGCGAGGAAGAAUAGGCGAGCCAUUGAUAAGGGCCUCAAGAUAGUGUAAACCCU